AUGCAUCCUUGGUCAUUGUUAGCGUCACACAAUGGAUGCCUUCGAACUCAUAGCAACCAUGUGUCUGAGCCGCGAGCUAAGCUUAUCUACAAGCUAUCCACAGGAGUCGAGUUGAUUUUGAUGCAAGCGCUCUCUCUUCUUGACGAUGAUGUCCUCAUUCGUCCUCUUCACUAUCAAAAGGACAAGCGCUCUGGGAAGGAGUACAUAAAGAGAGAAGAUGAGAAGAAGAAGAAGAUGAAGCAAGACAAUCUUCUACAUCUCAGGUCGAUCUACAUCAGCGCUCACAGAGCUACAUCAGAGGCUUCAUUCACUGUGGAUCUUGGCUCUGUCCGCUUCCCACUCCUCCGCCAACCACAGCGCGAUUCAGGGCUCGGACAUCGUCUACACUCUCCAGACCUUCACGGAGACGGUUCAGGGACUUCUCGCCAACCUCCAAGACACAAAGCUAAAAAGGGGGAGAUUGAAGAUGCAACUGGUUUGACGCAGAUCGUGAAUCAGUCAGGAAGUGCAUCAGGACGUAUGGACGGACAUGUAGCGGAGCUAAGCGGAGCUUAA